GAACGCCUGGGACUUGUCAACUUGAACUUGAACAAUGACCGUCCAUAUACUUAUUCCACCCGUUGUUUCAUAUGGACCCAUCUCAGCCAAGAGCCCUUCGCAGGUCAUCAAGGAAUGUAAACAAGGCCCCUCCUCGGUAUCAAGAUGCGUCUGCGUACAGCUCUUAUCCUGACACAGCUCCAUCAACCGAUUUCGAGAAAAUGAUGGAUACCUUGAACAAGCAAGCGUACACAUCAGAUAGAUAUGGUGCUGUAGACGAUGCAAUGGUGUAUGCACUGUUCGACAAGAAGCGCAAUGCCUUCCAUCC